GCAGCGAGAAGCGGAGGGCAUUGAAUGGAGGCCAGUGGAGGGAUUGGCAGCGAGGGGCGGAGGGCACUGAAUGGAGUCCAGUGGAGGGAUUGGCAGAGAAGAGUGGAGGGCACUGAAUGGAGGCCAGUGGAGGGAUUGGCAGAGAAGGGUGGAGGGCACUGAAUGGAGGCCAGUGGAGGGAUUGGCAGAGAGGGGUGGAGGACAGUGAAUGGAGGCCAGUGGAGGGAUUGGCAGAGAGGGGUGGAGGACACUGAAUGGGGGCCAAUGGAGGGAUUGGCAGAGAGGGGUGGAGGACAGUGAAUGGAGGCCAGUGGAGGGAUUGCAGAGAGGGGUGGAGGACAGUGAAUGGAGGCCAGUGGAGGGACUGGCAGAGGAGCAGAGGGCACUGAAUGGGGAACAGGCAGAUGGGGGA